AAAGAAGUUCAGAAUGGAAGCCAGUCAUAAACAGCUUAUUUAUCUUCCUAAUAAUCGUUCGCCUGAACUAUUUACGACUUACGACACAGGAAAAAUCAUUCGGAAGUUUCGCGAAGGAAAUACAUUUCGUCGUUCACGGCUUAUCUUCUAUCGCCGAGGACUUAACCUUAAGUAGUAUUGGAAUAAUACUGACAGAAAACAUUUUAUUUAAUUUAUUACGCGUGCUGAUACGAUUGCGUGAAAGUGUUUUUAAUAACUGUAAAGCAAAGAGGGAACUCUUGCAGAUGAUCAAUGUUGGAAGGAUGGUAUUGUCGUUCAAUUGCAAACAACAAUGCAGAUGCCGAAGACGAUGACGAGGAUAGCCCAGAAGAAGAAGUGCCCAAUUACAAGGAUCAGUAUCGGAAUCUUAAGAGGAAGUUAAAAUUUCUAAUUUAUGAGAAUGAGUGUUUCCAAGAAGCUUUAAGGUCAACACAAAGGAAACUCCUUAAAGUUAAUAGGGACAAAAGUUUUCUUUUGGAUCGUUUAUUGCAGUAUGAGAAGGUAGAUGCUUCGUUUAGUGAAAGCGAUGAAACAGAGUCAUCCGACGAAGAAGUUGCUCGUAUGGAUACCUCGAAAAGGAAAAAGAUGGAGAUAGGCAUUAGCAAUCAUACUUCACAUCACAUGCCAACAGUAGCAAAAUCUUUCAAUGCCACUAAAAAGAAGAAACCCACUCCUAAAGUGACAAAAUCAAAUAGUACACCUAUAGUACAAUCAUCCAAUAAUAUAGUACCGAUGUCUUUAAUGUCCGAUGGUCACAUGACGCCGGAAGAAGUGGAAAGGCACUUAGAGUCUCGUCAGACCUAUUUGGAAUUAGUACCGGAAAAAGCACCACCUACAGUUCCCACAGAGAUGUUUAGCAAUGAUCCUUCCUUGGAUAGCGAAUCUAACGAAAUCGGAGAGUUGGAAACCUCUCCCAGCAAUAUGGGUGAAGAUUGUCUCAGUGUAGACAUGAUGGCUGAGUGAUACAGAUUCGUUUAUAGCUUAGCAGUUAAUUACAAAUUGCACAUAACUACGUAUUGCGUUAAUAUCAUCUUAUUCGGCUAACUUAACUGUAUUCUUCGUAACAUAAUACAAAUUUUUAUACACGUAAAGAAGAAUCCUUAUCCAGGAUUUCCUUAUUUAGGAUUAGAUAAAAAAAGCUUCAUGCUUACCAUUCCAGUGUCACCGAAAGCUUUAAUUUUAUUGGUUGCAAAAGACAAGUACAGUAAAAACUCUAUUUGAUUUCGAAAAUAGACGUACAAAUCUAUUAGUCUAGUAUAUCACAAGCUUAACAAUAACUGAACACUUUUCCGCUCUAAUUAGCGAUCAGUUCCCCACUAGGACGCUCUUCUUUUAAUCGAUAUCUUCCCACGACUCAAUUGAGAUAUGUAUAUCCGAACUUUGCUCCCGUCCGAAACCUUCUUCACCCAGAUCUAUCAAACAAGUAGAUUAUUACAGAGAUUAAUAUGAUAAUAAAGGAUAAAUUAGCUCGUUGAGUACCGAUAACAAUUAUUUACUUACAGCCUCGGUUCCGAUGGCAGAAAUAUUUGCUGCGAAUCUUGACAUAUCUUUCCCUUCGACGUAGACUGGUUGACCACGGUGAAACCUGUAAUUAUUCAAUAUAUAUUAUCGGUUACAUGAAAUUUUCAUUGCUAUUACAAAUUACCAUCGCCUCUCGUGUAGAAGUUUUCCAUCUUCUAUCCUAGUCUCUACUAAUGGCGUCUCGGAAGCUGGAGGAAUAUGUUGCGAAGGCAUAUUUACUGUAUUAUAAUGUGGAAAAACCGCUAAAAUUAAAGGAAUGUCGUUAAACCAUG